CCUCCAGUUAAUGUCCCCUGUUUUACUUUGUUUCUUCCCACUAGACUGACACCUGUCGGCGUUUGUUUCAUGAUUGCCGGCGCCAUCAUGCCAGUAGAUGACAUUCCAGGAACAUUUGCCAGUCUGGGAUUCUUUAUUCUCAGCGUAGUGGUUGGCUCUGUGAUCAACACCAUCGUCACUCUCCUGCUAUUCCUCGUGUGCACACGGCAUAGUCCCUUCAAAUUCUUCCGUCACUGUCUCAAAGCCUGGUUUGUGGCUUUUGCGACAACUAGCCCCAUUGUCGCUAUUCCAGAAAUGUAUCAGGGCUGCGAUGAUUACGGUGUGGACAAGGACAUUUCGAGGUUCACCUGUCCGUUGGUUACCACUCUGAAGGCUGACGGGCCAGCAAUUUUCAUCUCCAGUGCUGCUAUGUUUGUUACUCAAUUCACUUUGGGAUCCAUAUCAGCUGGCACCGCAGUUGUUAUUUGGUUGUUGACUUCGGCUUCGGUUUUCGCAAUCCCACAUAUUCCAAGUGCCAGCAUAGUCAUUACAAUCACUAUUCUUACCUCACUCGGGGUACCGGCAGAGGCUGCCUCCCUUCUCUACGCAAUAGACUGGUUUCUGUAA